UAUUCUAUAGUUUAUGGUUAGUUUGUGUGGCUACGGACGAUUUCGUUGUUAUUGUGCUAUAAAUUUAGCAUAAAAUUGUUGUUUACACAAUUCUAGAUUUAAUCCAAAAACGAAAUAAUAAUUAAUAAUCUACAAUCAUGGCGAAAAUGGCAUUUCAGCACCAAGCCGGCACGGCAAUGGAGUGCCUAAGUAUACCAAUAACCCUACAAAAAGAAGCUGGAGUGGAUGCAGAAGGAAGGGAGGUCAUGAAAUGUGGGUUUAAAAUAGGCGGUGGUAUUGACCAAGACUACCGCAAAAGCCCUCAGGGGUACACCGACAAUGGAAUUUAUGUAACUGAAGUUCACGAAGGGAGCCCUGCAGCUAAAGCCGGCCUAAGAAUGCACGACAAGAUCCUACAGUGCAAUGGUUACGACUUCACAAUGGUGACACACAAGAAAGCCGUUAGCUACAUAAAAAAACACCCUGUGCUCAACUUGUUGGUGGCUCGGAAGGGAGUCACUUCCACAUAAUCUUACAACGCUCACAUCCGUUCUGUACUUGAUAUUUUGUGUAGCCGGUGACAAGUAUUAUAAACUAAGUGAUUAUAUAUUGUUAUUUAUUGUUUAAUAAGUACAUAAGAUUUAGGUUUAAAUAUUUAUGAAGAUAUUUUUUUACUCGGUAAUUAAUUCAGUACUAGUUCAUUCCUUCAAGUUUGCAAGAGCAUUAAUGUGCAGUUGCGUUAGUUAAUUUCUCGUCAACAAGUGA